AUGGUGCUUUCCAGGAUGUCGAAUGCAGUCCCAGACCCGGAUGAUGUUAUGGAGGCAGAUUACCAGAACCAUGUAGCUGAUGAGCCCCUGGAUGACUUCGAUAUCGAUGUGGGAAACGCAAAUUUAGAAGAAGAGUUGCAGAUUGACAAGAGUUUCCAAAACCGAGAAGGCACCCCUGUUCCUGAAGGUCUACUCGCUGCCAUUCGCCAACCCAUAUCGAAGCUUCCAUCCAAUUCGUCCACAUCUGUCACAAUGGCACUUUCAUUGGAAAAUGAGGCUUUAAUUUUCAAUAGACGCAAAAUGGUCAUAAAAACCUUCAGAACAAUUUAUAUAUGA